CAAAAAAACCAGUAAGAAACAAGUCACGCUCCACGACUCAAACAAAUUGCACAACGCUGUAACAGGCAGACGCACAACACUCUUCGUCAAAGAAGACAAAACCACAGUUGCAGGCGUCUAUGGCCUCCGUACUUGGAACCUCAACUGCAAUCUUAGCUUCUCGGUCUCUCGUUUCUCCUUCAUCAAAGCCUGCUUUUCCCUCCAUCUCCAUCAACCCAGGCCAGGGUUAUGGGAGGAAACUGUACGGAGGGAUUGGGAUUCAAGGAAGAAACGGUAUGCCUCGAUUUCAUUUUGCAGCAACUAAUGUUGCCACUGAAGUUAACCCAGUUGAACAGGCUCGGAAGAUUGCUGCUAAAGAGAGUCAGAGACCAGUAUAUCCUUUUGCUGCUAUAGUAGGACAAGAUGAGAUGAAACUGUGUCUCUUGUUGAAUGUGAUUGAUCCCAAGAUUGGUGGUGUCAUGAUAAUGGGUGAUAGGGGAACUGGCAAGUCCACAACUGUUAGGUCCUUGGUCGAUUUACUACCCGAAAUCAGGGUAGUCUUCGGUGACCCUUAUAACUCGGACCCCGAAGAUCCAGAAGCGAUGGGCAUAGAAGUCAGAGAAAAGGUCACAAAAGGAGAGGAGCUGGCUAUUACAAUGACUAAAAUCAACAUGGUCGAUUUGCCAUUAGGUGCUACCGAAGAUAGGGUCUGUGGAACCAUUGAUAUUGAGAAAGCCCUCACCGAGGGUGUCAAGGCAUUUGAGCCUGGGCUUCUAGCUAAAGCUAAUCGGGGGAUUCUUUAUGUCGAUGAAGUUAAUCUUUUGGAUGACCACUUGGUGGAUGUUCUGUUGGAUUCUGCUGCGUCGGGAUGGAACACAGUUGAGAGGGAAGGCAUUUCGAUCUCACACCCUGCACGGUUUAUUCUGAUUGGAUCGGGUAAUCCAGAGGAGGGUGAGCUUCGACCACAGCUUCUUGAUCGAUUCGGAAUGCAUGCUCAAGUCGGGACAGUGAGGGAUGCUGAGCUUAGAGUGAAGAUUGUGGAGGAGAGAGCCCGGUUCGAUAAAAACCCAAAAGAAUUCCGUGAAUCGUACAAGGCAGAGCAAGAGAAGCUCCAACAGCAGAUUGCUUCAGCUAGAAGCAAUCUUUCUUCUGUUCAGAUCGAUCAGGAUCUAAAGGUUAAAAUUUCCAAGGUUUGUGCUGAGCUGAAUGUUGAUGGAUUGAGAGGAGAUAUUGUCACUAACCGAGCUGCAAAAGCUCUUGCAGCUCUUAAGGGAAGAGAGAAAGUCACCGCAGAAGAUAUCGCCACCGUCAUCCCCAACUGCUUAAGACACCGUCUUCGCAAGGAUCCUUUGGAGUCUAUCGACUCUGGUUUACUUGUCAUAGAGAAAUUCUACGAGGUUUUCGGGUGAGAGAUGCAUACUAAAGCCCUUUUCUAGACAUCAUCUUUAGCUGCUUCCAAAUUGUUUUGCUAUGUUCCUAAUCUAACAUUAAGAGACAUUCAGAUCAACGUAGAGUCUUGGUCUAAUCUAAUCAUGUGAAAGAAGAGCAAAAUGAAGGAAAUACUGCUUUGAAUGAACUCUUGUUUAGAUUUUCUGCUG